UAUAAAAAUGAAUCGAGAGGGAGGCAAAAUAGUUAUUAACUGACAUAGAAAUGAAAUUAUCAGUUCUGAACGUGAUUUUAUCAUUUUUUUAUUUUCAGGGACAAUCCAAGGCUGACGAGAGUCUCAGGAUUUAUGGAGGUCAUGAAUCCGAAAUUGAAGAUGUUCCAUAUAUAGCAUCAGUCAUGUUUGCUAAUAUACACCUCUGUGGUGGAUCGAUACUCAGCAAAAGCUGGAUCAUUACAGCUGCACACUGUGUGGUGAAUAAAACAGGCCUUGAAGUGUUCGCAGGCCUGGUGGAUUUGAUGGUGCCAGGCGAUGAAGCACAGACGUCGAUUGUAAAGGAAGUGAUAGUUCAUCCUGAGUAUGACCACAAGACCAGAUCUCUCAGGCAUGAUGUAGCUCUCCUUCGUCUUGAAGAAGAACUCGAGCUCAAUGAUGGGGUAUCACCAAUUUCUCUCAUCACAGAAGAACAGUUGAAGGAAAUGACUGAGUUUCACGAAAUGGGAACCAUCUCGGGGUGGGGCACAAAUGAGCAAUCAAUGUUAUCGAAUAUACUGUUUUCAGGAUCAGUUAAACUGAUGAAAGAUGAUGAAUGCUCCAGAAUGUCGAUGAACCAGAGCUGUGUAGAAUUCGAUCCUGAAAUUCAUUUGUGCUCCGGGAAUGGAAUUUCUUUCAAUGGAGCAGGCUUGAGAGAUGACGGAGGACCUCUGGUCGUGAGGAACAAAUUAGCUGGAAUCAUCCUACAAGGCCGAUAUUUGAGAAAUAAGAAAUGUAGCUUUCUAUCAUCCGUCUAUGCAAGAGUACCACAUUACGUCAAAUUCAUCAAGAGCCACAUUCCAGAAUUAUUUGUUGCUGAGAAGCCUAUUGAGGAUCCUAUAUUUGACGUGGAAAUAAUAUUCAACAAGCUCAAUGCAUCUGAUGUCGACAACAAUGUAACGAGUCCAAAAUACACUGUAGAGUCUUAUAGACUAUCAUACAGAAUCUGGAACAAUGGAAGUGAGGAAAACCAAACCGAGCAGGAAUUUGAAUUUGUUGAAGAAGUUACAUUGAAGCAAAGUGAUUAUGAAAUAGAAUCUUCAGAUGCCGUAACCAAUGAUCCGCUGAAUGAGGGAAAUAUUAAGAACAAGAGAAUAAGGAUGAACAUCGUUGUCGUCAAAUCACCAGAACGACCCGAAAUCGGCUUUUCUAUCGACAUAUUCAACAGUUUUUUUAUUACCCCAUAUAUCACAUUCGAACACAUUGAAUAAUUUGUGAAUAUUAAAUAUUGAACGUUAUUGAAAAUUUUUUCUAUA